AACUGCUCACAAGGUUUGGUAUCGUUAUCUCUCCUCCACCUCAAUUUCUGGCCAGGGCUUCAAUGGCUUCCUCCUUCUCGCCUUCCUCAUCGCAUCUGUACUCGCACACUCACAAGCAGCAGCAGCAGCAUCAUCUCAUUCUCUCUGCUCCUUUUUCUCUCUUCCCUGCUCGCAUACUGUUCAAUUUGCGAUCUUCCCCCGAUAAAUUUGCAGUGAAUUCAAUCAGGUGUAGCAACAAAGAAGCUUCUUCGACUCCAAAAACUGCUCGAAAGCUUGGAGUAUCGGUUUACAAGCCAAAAUCAUACGAAGUUCUUGUUACAGACGCCGCCAAUUCCCUUGCUUCCGCUCUUGACGACUGCAAAACCCGCGUUGAAAUCGAUUUCCCGCCAUUGCCUACCAGCAUUUCUUCAUAUAAGGGAUCUUCAGAUGAUUUUAAUGAUGCCAAUGUUCAACUUGCCUUGGCUGUUGUUAGGAAGCUUCAGGAGAACAGGGAAACACGAGCUUGCAUUGUUUUUCCUGACAAACCAGAAAAGCGUAGAGCCUCGGAGCUAUAUAAAUCAGCUAUUGACUUGCUUGAUGGGAUCACUAUUGCUUCCUUGGAUGAUAUUCCUGCUGGUCCUGUUGCUAAUUUCUUCAAAUCUAUAAGGAAUACACUUGAUUUUGAUUUUGAUGAUGAAAAUGAAGGGAGGUGGCAGUCUGACAAACCACCAACACUUUUUAUAUUCAUCGGUUGCAGCACCCGUGAACUUGCUACCAUCGAGACAUAUGUGGAAACAUUUGCUAAAUCAACACCUGCCCUGCUAUUCAAUCUAGAGCUUGAGACAUUGCGAGCUGACCUUGGUCUUCUUGGUUUUCCGCCCAAAGAUUUACACUACCGAUUUCUCUCUCAAUUUGUUCCGGUCUUUUAUAUUCGUGUAAGAGAGUAUUCCAAGACAGUGGCAGUACCACCAUAUAUCGUGAAUUAUGAUGGAGCACUCUUCCGCCAAUACCCUGGACCUUGGCAAGUGAUGCUUAAGCAAACGGAUAACUCAUACGCUUGUGUUGCGGAAAGUGAAACCCGCUUCACACUUAAUGAAACAAAGGAAGAGCUACUAAGGGUCCUUGGACUCAAGGAGGAACAAGGAAGCCAACUUGAGUUCCUUCGCAGGGGCUACAAGACUGCAACGUGGUGGGAGGAAGACGCCGAAUUGGAGUUAUCUUCAGCAUGGCGUAACUGAACCGAACCCGAUAGAAACAACACGAAAACAGGAAAAGAUCGUUUCUAAACACGCAGUGGGAGGCAGAGCCCAGAUACGAUCAUUUCACUUUGUUUUCAUAUGUAUAUCAGUACACCAUUUUCAUCUUGUAUAAUUUUCCACAAUUUUUUCGGCUUUCGUUUUUGUUAAUAGGUCUCGUAUUGAUCGCAGUGAAGGAUAUAUGUAGAUGGAUUCAUCCAUUAUGUCAACAAGGUAAGCCUUGAUGCUUU